AUGACUGUUUCAGUCACAGUUAGUGUCCAACUUUGUGGCAAUCAAAAUCAACAAACAGUUGACCAAGCUUUCAUUGAUAGUGGAAUAGUUAAAGAUCUAGGAAUAAAAUUACCAAGCGAUGGAUUGAACCUUAUUGAAGUUAAGUAUUCAAGUGCAAGUGUAUCAUGUGGGACAGAAUUGAAAUCAUUGCAAACAGCUGAGAAGCCCAUGAUUAAGUACCCAACUAAAUCAAAUACAUUAUACACUUUUAUGAUGCUCGAUCUUGACGAACCCAGUCCAUCUUUACCAACUUUUCGAUCCGUUAUUCAUUGGCUGGUUAUUAAUGUAAAACGUGAUGAUUUGCAAUCGGGAUUUAAUAUCUAUUCAUAUCUUAUUCCAGUGCCAACUCCGAAUAUGGGUGCACAUCGUUACGUUUUCAUGGUUUUCGAGCAACCCAAGGAAUUCGCUAUUGGAUCGAAUGCAAUGAUUGCAGUAGGAAGCAAGUUUAAUGUCUCUGAAUGGGCUUCACAAAAUAAAGUUUUUGGUCCAGUUGCCGGUAAUUACUUUUUAGGAAAAAAUCCAUAA